AUGCAGCGCCAGCUCCUCUCCGCCGCCGCGCGUGCCGCCCGCGCCCCGGCCGUCCGCUCCACCGUCCAGCGCCGCUUCGCCAGCACCACCGAGAACGCCUUCAUCAAGGAGCGUGAGGCUGCCAAGCACCACGCCGCGCAAACCACCGGCCUCUGGCGCAAGAUCUCCAUCUACGCCUGCAUCCCCGCCCUCGGCCUCGCUGCCGCCAACGCCUACGUCCUCUGGAACGAGCACUGGGACCACUGGAGCCACAUGCCCCCUCUGGAGGAGCGCGUCGAGUACUCUUACCAGAACAUCCGCACCAAGAACUACCAAUGGGGCAACGGUGACAAGACCAUCUUCUGGAACGACAACGUCAACUACCACAACCCCGACAAGGCUUAA